AUGCCGGACGACACAGACCGCGACUCCAAAAUCUACGUGGACGCCUCUGAAGCCCGCCGCUUCGUGGAAUCUGUUCUCCAAGGCAACGGAGUUCGAGCCGAAAAUGCGGCCAUUGUAGCUCGGUGCUUGGUGGCAGCCGACCUCCGCGGUGUCGACACGCAUGGGAUGAACCGGAUUCCCUCCUACAUGGAGCGCGUUCGCCAAGGUGUCCUGGAUGCCAAGGCUGAGCCAACAGUCCGCCAAAUCACGCCAGUGGUUGCCCACGUUGAUGGCUGCAAUGGCUUCGGCUUCCUGGCAGCCCAGAAAGGAAUGGAGGCGGCGAUAGAGUCUGCUCGCACUUACGGGAUUGGCAUGGCUAGUGUGGCCCAUUCAAACCACUUUGGCAUGAGUGCGUGGGUCGUCCAACAAGCUCUCGACGCCGGCAUGCUGAGUCUCGUGUUUACCAACUCGAGCCCAGCGCUUCCCGUUUGGGGCGGCAAGAGUAAGCUUAUGGGUGUUUCGCCGAUUGCUUGUGGCGCCCCCGGAGGUUCUGGCGAGGGAGAUAAGCCUUUCAUUCUCGACAUGGCUCCAUCUGUCGCGGCAAGAGGGAAGAUCUACAAGGCUCUUCGCCGUGGCGAGAAGAUUCCCAUGGACUGGGCGCUCGAUGCCGAGGGCCGGCCCACAGAUGAUCCAGCUGCUGCGCUGGGCGGCGUAAUGCUUCCGAUGGGUGGCCCGAAGGGGUCAGCGUUGAGUAUCAUGAUGGACGUGUUCUCGGGCGUGCUCUCCGGAUCAGCGUACGCUGGGCAUGUCACAAACCCGUAUGACCCAUCCAAGCCGGCAGAUGUAGGCCACAUGGUCGUUGCUAUCCGACCUGACCUCUUCAUGUCUGCCGAUGAGUUCAGACAAAGGAUGCAGUAUCUUUACGAACGCGUGACCGAUUCGGAGAAGGCGGCGGGAGUUGACCGAAUCUACUUCCCGGGAGAAAUCGAGCAACUAACGGAGAUGGAGCGGAAAAGGACAGGAAUUCCACUUGUACAGGCCGAGAUUGACUCUUUGAACGCCGAGGCAGCCAAGGUGGGUGUGAAGGAGAUAACCACCGGGGUCGGUUCAGCGACAAAGUAG